AUGUAUGUUCUAAAUUGCGUUGAAGAAGAUUGCAUUUUAAAUGGUUGGCCUGGUAAUGAAGAAUUGGAAUUAUUAUGUGCUGUGGAACAAUACGGUUUAGGCAAUUGGUUGGACAUUUCAGCUAAAUGCAACCGCCAUACCCCACAGGAAUGCUUUGAACAUUAUGAUAAAUUUUAUCUUCAUGGACCCAAUGCCUCUCUGCUUUGCGGAAAUACUUCUGACUUUAACACUGUCCUCGACCAUUCUUCUCCUCUUAAAACCGUCGGUCAAGAAAGACCUGUCCAAUUAGAGCCCAUCGAACAACAGCUCCUUGGUUACAUGGUAAUGAGAGAUGAUUUUGAACGAGAUUAUGAUAACGAUGCGGAAAGUUUGUUAACUCGAUUGAAUGUCAAACCGGAUUGUGAUGAUCUCGAAAGUGCCCUUCACGUUGCUCAUGUAAAUAUCUACACUCAGAGACUUCAGGAGCGCCAAAAACGGAAAGAAAUCGCUCGAUUGCAUGGUCUUAUUUAUCAAAUAUCCGCUUAUCUGACUUAUAAGAAGAUCAAACGAAAGCAUUAUAAGACCGAGUCGAAGUUGACUUCUGCGCAGCGCCAUAAAUUGGUUCCGAUGUUGCGAUUUCAAAGAAAAAAAUCGACGCCACAUUUGAGUCCAGUUUCACCUCCCGCUGGCAGUUGGUUGGCUGCUCCUUUUGCUUUGCAGUCGUCUGGUCCGACAAGAGGUAUUCCGGUUGUUGUUCCUGGUGUUACUUCACUUACUCAAGGCACGAUGAAUAAGGCAUCAGAAUUAGAUGAUUACGAUCCUUUUAACGUCAAUAAGAAAUUGAAGCCCUUUCUCCGUUAUUUUACUCCUACACAGGCAAAGCAGUUUUUGAAUAAUCUGCAUCGCGAAGAGGUGUUGAAGCAUGAAAUCAAGUAUCUGCAGAGUGUCCUCCAGAAGAGUCUAAAUCGAUCUUUAAAUUCUCAUCGUAUCUCCUCGCCCCUGAAAGGCCCUUCUGAACUUCGAAGUCAGGUUUAUGUCCCAGCACCGCAGAACACUGAGCCAAUCCAUCCCCUUCUAGUCGGUCACCCCAUGUUCGGUUUCCCAACCGCCUCCAACGGCGUUUCAUCCAGUCCCAACAACACCCUUCUCCUCUCACCUCGUCGAUCAAUAACAGCUGCUCUGCGUUCGGCUAAUACUGGGUCGCAAGGGAGCGACCCUCAACAACGACGAAAGCGAAGAAAAUACCGCCACGGUGGCAACACACCUUGGUAUGCCCGUGCUGCCGCGGCCUAUAGACGAAAUAUAGUUUGGAGCGCUGACUUCAGAAUCUUCAGAAUAAUGUCCUCAGAGGAUUGUGAACUUAUUUAUCCUCUUGUUAUAAAUCAAUUAUUACACGACGGAUAUGGAGUAUUUGCCAUUAGUUUGAAGAAGUUGGUUAAUUCUAACAGCGACGCUGUCGCCUCAGACAAAUUGCUCAAAAUUGUUAAACUUGGUCUUGCAGUCUCAAAGUUUUUGGAAGAAUCUAAUCUAAGCAGAGAUUUUUCUCACAUUGCUCAUGCAUUUCAACCCAAUCAUAAUGGCACAUCCUUCUUGAAUUCUUCUUCAUCGUCACAUAACCAGUCUAUUGAUCAAUCACCACAGCAAAUUCUUAAUCAAAAUGGUUCUCAGAAUGGCCAAUUUUCCCUUGGCUUAGACCCACCCAUCAAACUUGAACCCGGCGAUUCAUCUUUUAACUUUCCUUUUAGUGCCUAUCAACGCCAGUGGUCUCAAAUUACAAGUACUAGGGCAAACAUCAACUUAGAUGGUGAAAUCCAUGAACUUCCCGGAGAUGGAAGUCCUAUUAAGUUAUUUGAGUGUUCGCUUUGUGGAAAAAUCUUCAAUCGAAGGGAUAAGGUAAAACGUCAUCUCAGUGAACUUCACCAUGGCAUAAAGCGACAUCAAUGUGCAACUUGUUUCCGGUUAUUUUCGAGAAAUGACAAGCUUGUUCGUCACAUUAUGACUGUUCAUCAAGGCAUCAGGGAAUUCAGUUGCCUGCAUUGUCCUAGAAAAUUUAGUCGUCGUUGGGACUAUCAGCGCCACAUGCAAACGACUCAUCCAACACUUCUAAAUCGGUCACCAACAAAUCAGAGACAACAGUCAACCCAUUCUUCACAUCAGGAUGAUGCGCAUUCUCCAAGUACAAAUGCAUCAGCGAAUAAUGUAAUCAGUAUCACGUCUUCUGUAUCUUCAACUUCUGCGGAUAUAUCAUCACCCCCUCCUGUUGCCACUGUUUCCACGUCAACUCCAUCUUCCUCUGGAACACCUGUCACUUCAGUGGCUACUUCAACAUCCACUAUUGAUCGAAAUAUGCUCCCCGUAUUUCCUAAUCUUGCAGCAUCAGAUGGUAAAAGUGAAGAUUUCAUCACAAUGACGUUCCCAGUUGGCUGUUCGGAAAACAGGUUAUAUCGACCGACUGUGCUGGUUCGGGAAGGUCAAAAUGUAUCUACUUGGCCCUCCAAUACCACUUCCACCUCUAAUUCCUCCUUCACCACUACAUCUUCGACAAAAUCGAAAGCAGCUGCUAACGCACCCACCUCUUCUGCUUCGGCAACCUCUUCAUCAGCGGAACCGUCUACGUCUUCUGCAGCGCUUCCAGCGUUUUCAUCUUCUAACGCCCACGCCAUCUUCCCCAUAUUUCCUGUCUUUAGUCAACCUUCAGCUUCGAGUUCUGGCCCAAAUGUGACCCCUUCUUUCUCCAACAAUGCAGUAUUUCCCUCAUCCAUUGCUGCGUUUACACCGGGCAAACCUAGUAGAGUUAAUAAUAGUCUUAUUUUCAUACACGUAGUGUCUGCUUCUUAUCACAAUGGUUACACGUCAAUGGCUUCUCCACCAGUGAGCAAUUCUUCAAAUCAGUCGAACUGCAAUGAAUCAGCUUCCCUUACUCGGAUGCUAUUGUAA